AUGAGCGGCGACGGCACUGCUGGCGACGGCACUGCUGGCGGCGCCGCCGGAGGCGGCGGAGAGCCCACGAAAUUGGAGACGCAGAGGUCCCUUCCGACGCCGUUUCUGACGAAAACUUAUCAGAUUGUGGAGGAUCCCAAUUUGGAUGAUUUGAUCUCGUGGAAUGAAGACGGCACGGCCUUCAUCGUAUGGCGCCCAGCUGAAUUUUCCCGAGAUUUGCUGCCCAAAUAUUUCAAGCACAACAAUUUCUCCAGCUUUGUCCGGCAGCUCAAUACCUAUGGAUUUCGGAAAGUCGUUCCGGAUCGGUGGGAGUUUGCCAACGAUUGUUUCCGGCGAGGCGAGAAGGCGAUGCUCAGAGACAUCCAGCGCCGGAAAAUGGUGACCGGAGCUUCCGCCGUACCGGCGGCGCCUCCAUCCGCCGCCGCACGACCCGCCUCCAUCCAGGCCUCUCCUGCGAAUUCCGGCGACGAACAGGUCGUGUCCUCCAACUCAUCCCCCACGGGGACCACCGCUCCACCGCUGGCACUGCGGUCCUGCACGUCGACGCCGGUGAUACUGGAAGAGAACGAGAGACUCAGGCGAGAGAAUUCGCAGAUGAGGGAGGAAUUGAAUCGGCUGAGGGGCCUUUGCGGCAAUAUAUGCAGUCUAAUGUCUAGCUACGCAGCGAAUCCGGACGAGGAUGGGAGGGUGUCGGAAAUAUCGCCGGAGAUGCAGGGCGCGGCGGAGGAGGGAAUGUGCCCUCGGAUAUUUGGGGUCUCGAUCGGCGUGAAGCGGCUGAGGUGCGAGGACAGGACGACGCUCCUCAGUGGGCAGGUGGACAAAUCUGAAGCGCCGGAUCAUGGGAUCAGCAGCAUCGACGGCCAAGAUUCUCCAAGGUUUGAUGAAUUGUGA